CCACACAACUUCACUAAGGCCGGCCGACGUCUGAAAUCCCCUCUUUUUGUCACCAAACGUUGGGGCCAAUUUGAUUUGACUGUAAAAGUAGCUAGUGGGCAAAGCAAAGGUUGACACUUGAGAAAGUAACCCAUGUUCUGUAAUUUUGGCCCCUGCCUCUAGUGAUGUUUGGAGAUCUAUUUAAGACUCAUCAUUUCAUAGUUGUUGGUACCAAUAAGAAAGUUACAACUUCUAGCUCCAUAUAACAACCCUCCCUUUCUUUGUCUAUCUCUUAUCUGUGUUUCAUUCAUUUGAUUCCUCAAAUUGCAGCAUAGUUUUGCCAUGAAGUUCCUGAAUGCACAAAGCAUGAGAAGAAGCCAGUUCUUGAGGUUGGGGAAGAGGAUUCCGAGCUCCACAUCAGCUGCUGCCAUGGUAUCCAUUGUUGACAAGAAGGCAAAAGUUACAUUGGGUAGCUGCAGGAGUAAUAGGUCUUAUGUCCCUAAGCGAUGGGUUUACAAGCUGAGGUCGCAGUGGAAGCGAGCAAUCGGGUGGCAGAAGAGCAGCAGCACUACUUCACAGUUCAGUUAUGACAUCCGUAGCUACGCUCUCAAUUUCGAUGACGGUGGCUGCCUUGAUCACGUCCUUAGAAGCCACGUUUUGUAGAUAAAACGUUAGGCAUUUUGAUCUCAAUUCUUCUUCCCUUUUCUAUGUACAUAAGACUGUCGAUAUUCUUGGCACCAGAAAGUAUGUAUAUUAUGUAAGCAGCUCCUGCUGGCUGCUGCGCAUAGUCACCGGCAAGCCUGUGAAAGUCUAUUAUCUUCUAUGGCUGCUCCCUUCGGUACAGUUUCUGCAUUGAAACCCUUUAAUUUUCUAGUGGGAUAUUGAUGUUACUAGUUCUUUUUUACGGCCAAAGGAAUUUAUGUAACUACACAUUUCCUAUGUAUUACUGGUCACCAUCUACUCUUUCUAUCUUUUUUGCUCGACUUCCAGAAUCUUAGGAAUACACAUAUACAUGUGUCUCUAAUGAAUAUAGUUUGAGAAA